AUGACUCAAGAACUAGCGGAUAAAAUAGAAGUAAUAUCAAUAAAUGACUCAAAAUCAGAAACAGAAGAAAUAGGUCCAAUUGUACCACAUGAACGUCAAAUUGUUGAUUCAAUAAUUUCAAUUUGGAAAGAAGAUCCAUCAACUGAAAAUUUAGGUAUAAGUAAAUUACAUUCAAUAGUUAAAUCAAAACAUUCAAAUUGGUCAAUAUCAGAAAAAAGAAUAAGACAAUUAUUAAAAAAAUUUGGACUUUCAACAAAUCAAGAACAAUUUACUUAUUCAAAAUAUAUAACAUCAGAAUUAACUUUUGAUAUUGAAUUACCUUCAAAAAUUCAAGUUGUAAUGACUAAUAAAAGAGGUAAAUGUUUAUAUGCUAAAAAGUCAAUUAAAAAAGGUGAAUUAAUAUGGAAUGAAAUUCCAUUAUUUUUUAUUCCUCCAUUAGUUAAUGUUAAAUUAAUUAAAAAUGGAUCUGCAUGUUCAUAUUGUGGUAAAUUAUUAAAACAAAUAGAAACUAAAUCAAUUUUAAAAGGUUUAGAUUGUAAUAUAUGUUCAGAAAUUUGGUGUUCAAAAGAAUGUAAAUUACAAAAUAUUGAAUUACAUAAUUUAUUAAAACAUAAUUUAUAUAAUCCAAAUAAUAAAAAAUCAAAAUUAAUGGAUUCUAAUUCAUUUUUAGAAUUACAAGAUUAUUGUCUUGAAGAAUCUUGGAAUGCAUUAUAUGCUAUUACAUUAAUUUAUGCACAAAUAAUUUUAGAUAAAUCAGGAAUUUUAAAAAAACAAUUUAAUUCAAUGGCUAAAGUAUCUCAAGAUAUACGAUAUAAAGCUUUAAAUUCAAGUGGAGGAACUUUUGAUAAUAUGAAUGGUGGUACAUUAUUUAUUCAAGAACAACAAGAAAUUUUAUGGAAUCAAGGAUUUGAAAAAUUUUUAAAAAUUUUCCCUAAAAAUCCAAUAGAUUUUAAAGAAUUUUUAUUUAUGAUGGGAACUUAUAAUAUUAAUAAUUUAGAUUCAAAUAUUUAUUUAAUUCAAUCUCAUUUAAAUCAUAAUUGUGAACCAAAUUUAAAUGUUGAAACUGAUAUAAAUAGAAUAAAGGGAAUAAAAGUUUAUGCUUCUAGAGAUAUAAAGGAAGGUGAAGAAUUAACAACUACUUAUGUUAAUCCAAUACAUACAGUAAAUCAAAGACAAAGAGAAUUGAGAGUUAAUUGGGGAUUUAUAUGUAAUUGUUCCAAAUGUAUUAAUGAUUUAGAAUUAAAUAAAAGAAGAAAAUCUUCAAAUGGGUCUAACAAUCAACAAAAUGCUAAAAAUAUUAGAAAUAUGUUAAAAGAAACAAGUAAAACAAUAGGAGAAAAUGGAAUUGAAUUAAAUAUUCCUCAAGAUGGGAAUAAUGGAGAGCGUAGAAAAUCAGUUAGAUUUGAUGAAAAAGUAGUAGCUGUUAGUAAUUAA